UGAAAACCGUAAGCACCUGCCAUUAUUUUGUUAGAUUUGUGAAACAGUUGAAGUGUUUGUCAAUUCGGCUCGAAUAGCACAAUGAAAUUUAUUUUUAUCUGUUUUGCUGUUAUUGCUGCAUUGACGGUAGUUAUCUGUUCAUCACCAGAUAAAUCAUGGUGUAAUGAUUGUAACAAGUUUUGUGUUACGCCUAACUUGAACAGGCAAGACCCACUUGUUAGAGUAGCCUUGAGGAAGUUCCAACGGAAGGCUAAUAACGUAUGCAAAAAACUCUGCAAUUAUAUAACCGAACCGAAUGCUAAUCCGGAUGUACAGCAGAGUGCACUAAAUAUUAACAACAACAUGUACGAAUUGUGCGGUGUUGCAAAUACGGUCGCAUCAGAGAUUGUCGAUAACUGCAAUAACGAACGCCAGAAGACUUGGGCUUCUUUUUUCGUGACUACCGAUUUAGCAGGGAGAGUCGAUUGCUUUGAAUUGGCGAUUAAAGAGGCUGACCCAAUUCGUGCUUUGACUAAUUUGAGUACUUGUGUUAACGCUCGUGAGGCUGAAGAUAAUCAACAAUUAGCCGCAUAUUCACCAGAUUGCCAGUCUAUCGCCACAGACAUCUUGAGGACAAUCUUAGAACCGGUUCAGGGAUACUAUGCUGAUCGAAAUCGAUUUCCUGUGGAUAUAUCAACGAUCGUCCAGUAUAAUUCUUUAAAAUGAAAAGAAAAAAAUCCCAAAUAAAAUCAGAUUUUUUGGUUUUUGCGAAGCAUCGAAACGAAAUCUUGUACUUCAUUAAUU